AUGAGUCUGUCUAUGCGAGAGGCCCCAGGCAGUCUAAAACAUGGAGGAGUGCUACACAUCAAUCCUGAGCGAGCGUAUUACAAAGAACCUCGAACGGAAACGGAUCGAACUUGUGCGCCGAAUCACUUCCGGUGCGCAAACGGAAAAUGCAUACAUCAGCUCUGGGUCUGCGACCAGCAGGCCGAUUGCGAAGACGGCAGCGACGAGCACCAAGGAUGUCCGCCACCCAAGUGCGGUCCCAAGGAGUUCUCGUGUCAAUUGUACAAGUUCAACAGCUCGUACUGCAUACCAGCUCAUCUCCGAUGCGAUCGGAUACGAGAUUGCGCCGACGGCUCGGACGAACAGAAUUGUGACUAUCGGAGUCAUCAAGAAGGAGAUCACAAAUGCGGCUCAGGCCUCAGUAUUCCGCCAGAGAAAAAGUGUGACGGAUACAUCGACUGCCGAGACGAGUCCGACGAGGACGGCUGUACAAAUUCCACAAGAUGUCUACGGACGAUGUUCCAGUGCGAUGACAAAAGCAAGUGCAUCGCCACAAGCCUAGUCUGCGAUCAUCACACAGACUGCCCAGACGCGUCGGACGAGAAAAAUUGCACGUAUCCGGCGUGCACACCAGGUCAAUUCCGGUGCGCGAAUCAGCAAUGCAUGCCGGAACGGUGGCGAUGCGAUGGCCAUUUCGACUGUAAGGAUAAGAGCGAUGAGCUCAAUUGCACUCAGCGAUUCUGUUCCGACAAUAAGUUCCUCUGCCCGACGGAGAAGGUUUGCAUUGAUCGCACAAAAAUCUGUGAUGGGAAAGAAGACUGCUCGGACGGAGCAGACGAAAAGCUCAACUGCACGUCGACGUUGUGUCCAAGUUUGUCGUGCCAGCAGGGAUGCCGUCCUUCUCUACAAGGCGGUGAAUGCACUUGCAAUCUCGGAAUGAGAAUAAAUCCCGAAGACAAGCGAUCGUGCAUCGAUCUCAACGAGUGCGAGGAAUGGGGUUACUGCGACCAACUGUGCCAAAACAGUCCGGGCAGCUACAAGUGCAGCUGCACAGCCGGCUAUGAGCUUCACGACAAGGUCGGCUGCAAGGCCAUAGACUCAUCGGAGAUGCGUUUGGUGUUCGCGCGUCACGCCGUAAUCUACGAACUCGACCCGCUCGACAAGUCACUGAAAGAAUUGAGCACGAUCGCCGGCCAGGUCGGCGGUCUGGAUUUCCAUUACGGCAGGAGGGAGCUAUACUGGACAAUGCUGGAAAACCGUACAAUCCACUCAAUUCGACUCGGGAAGGACGGCGUUAACGAACGGCGAUCGCCUGUGAUCGUCCCUUUUGCCUGGAAUCCCGUCGCGAUCGCCAUCGACUGGAUCGCCAACAAACUCUACGUCGCCGACAGCCUUGGCCAGAAGAUCGACGUCAUGCAAUUCGACAAUUAUCGACACUCGAUCAUCCUGUCGCGAAAUCUCACCAAUCUUCAAGAUAUUGCGUUAGACUCCGCCCUGGGAUACAUGUUCUUCAGCGACGGAGAUCACAUCGAGCGCGCGAACAUGGACGGUUCCGAUCGAAAGGUCAUCGUCAGCUCCCUAUACCGAGCUAACGGAAUCACCCUCGACACAGUCCAGAACCUCGUCGUGUGGUGCGACUCACAGCUGGACGAGAUCGUAGCCGUAAAUUACGCCGGCGAACUCAAGCACAUCAUCAUCAAAGGCUCGACGAAAGUGCCUUCGGCGAAUAAAUUGACUCUGUUCGAGAAUAAAAUCUUCUGGAGCGAUGCGACGAAACAAGGGGUGCUCGCGACGAAGCUCUACCGGAACAACGAGACCGUCGAGACCAUUUAUCAGGAUCGAGCCAUAAUCAAAGAACCCGGAGCGAUCAAGGCGUUCCACCACCUCCGGCAACCGCCGAUCGACAACCCGUGCAAGCUGAACAAGGGCAACUGUGACCACAUGUGCAUCCUUUCCAGAGGAACCGGUUCCGGCGUCUACAGACUGGGUUACAAGUGCGUCUGCGAUACUGGAUACGAACUCGCCGAAGACCGCAAAUCCUGCAGGAAGGUCGAGACGUUCCUACUCUACUCCCAACAGAAGUCCGUCCGAGGAACUCUGAUGGAUCUUCGGAGUGACGCUUUCUCCGACGCCAUGAUUCCGAUUGCGAGCAAAUCGGCCCGAUUCGUCGGGAUCGAUUUCGACGCUCACGAAGGAUUCAUCUACACGUCGGACGUGAUCCUCGAUGUGAUCGCCCGAGUCAAACCGGACGGAAGCGGAAAAGAGAACGUUUUGGCGGCCCAGCACGAGGGAGUCGAGGGAAUCGCGUUGGACUGGGUGACGAAGAAUCUCUAUUUCGUCGAUUCUCGGAAAGGAACCAUGGUCGUGAUCAACACUCGCGACACCCAACAACGAAAAAUCCUCAUGUCGAACUUGCGACGUCCCCGUGCCAUCGUUGUCCACCCGAACAAGGGUUACAUUUUCUAUUCGGUUUGGGACCGGCCAGCGAACAUCUCCAGAGCCCAUUUGGACGGCACGAACCAACAGGUCGUUCGUGGGGUCUCCCUCGGCUGGCCGAACGGUCUCGCCAUCGACUACGAGCUGGAUCGGGUCUAUUGGUGCGACGCGUUGCUCGACCACAUUCAGCACUCGAACCUGGACGGGUCCGACGUACAAACGGUGAACGUGACCGGCGUCCAGCUAAAACAUACCUUCUCGCUCACAAUCCACAAGGAAUUCAUCUACGUGACCGACUGGCGCAUCGACGCCAUUGCGAAAAUUCACAAGGGCAGCGGGCAAUCGGUGAAAGUUCUGCCCCUGCUCGAGGAGGGCUCCCGGCUCUUCUGCAUCAAAGUGUUCUCCAAGGACAAUCAGCUGAUCGACGCGAAUCAUCCGUGCUUGAAUAACAACGGCGGCUGCGCCAAGUUCUGCUUCGGAGUCCCCACCGCCGAUGGGGGCAUGACCGCGAAAUGCGGAUGUCCGACGAACUACGUGUUGAGCGCCGAUCAGAAGAACUGCACGGCGGACCCGAAAGCCGAUCCGGCACCGAAAGCCUGCCCCAACUCUUGGGAUUUCACCUGCGGCAACCAGCGCUGUAUCCCGAAGAAUUGGGUUUGUGACGGCGACGACGAUUGUCUCGAUGGGUCCGAUGAACACCAGAACUGCAAGGGCAACACCUGCAGCGUCAGGGAGUUCAAGUGCGCGUCGGGCCGAUGCGUCGCGUUGUCGUUCAAGUGCGACGGAGACAACGAUUGCGGCGAUGGGUCCGAUGAGAGCGGUUGUACGAACGCGACCUGCAACGCGAACGAGUUCGCCUGCGAAAACGGACGUUGCGUCCCGCUGAGCUGGAAGUGCGACUCGGAGAACGACUGCGGCGACGGGUCGGACGAAGGGGAUUUCUGCACCGACAAGACGUGUUCAUCGACCCAGUUCGCGUGCUCGUCGGGCGCGUGCAUUCCAAAGAACUGGGUCUGCGACGGCGACACCGAUUGCAACGACAAGGACGACGAGAAGAACUGCCCUCCGGCCGUCUGCACGGUGAGCCAGUUCUCGUGCGAGAACAAACGCCAAUGCAUCCACGACAGCUAUCGCUGCGACGGAAUUCCGGACUGUGCGGACGGUUCCGACGAGAAGAACUGCCCUUCGCGAGCUCCGAACGAGUGCGACAGCAACUCGUUCCAGUGCAAAUCUCCGCGCAUCUGCAUCCCGAAGAGUUGGCGCUGCGACGGACACAAGGACUGCGACGACGGCAGCGACGAGCCGGACACCUGUCCUCGAGGCGUUUGCCCAGCGAACCACUUCAAGUGCGACAACGGCAAGUGCAUUUACAAGUCUGGGCGUGCCCGAACGUGA